ACCAGGCACCCGCAUCCAGUGCAGCCCCAGCUCAGGCUCACUUGGCUGGAGACAUCUGCUACUGGAGGAUGUUCUCUUGCUGCCGGCCCACCUCUCGGGGCUCUGGCUCCCAGGAACCCCGGGGGAGCCGCUUGUUCCAAUGCUGUAGGCAUUGGCUCCAGGAUAGAUACCAAGGCGUCAGGGCGGUGAUCCGGAGGCGCCGUCAGAGCUCCACCCGGGACGUGGGGCGCGAGCGGGAGGAAGGGGUCGUCUGCCCCACCGCCUCCAGGAGCAGGGAGGUGCCCUGCGCAGCUAACAGAGGCCAGCGCGGGCUCAGGGGUGCUGGGGCCGCGGCCGGGAAGGGGCAUCAGAUUGUCCCGAAGAAGCUCAGCCGGACGGAGCUGCUGGGGCACGAAGACCGACAACUGCUGCUCGCCUUGCAGCGCAGAGAUGUCAUCUCCAUUUGCAGCUUCUUAGACGACUAUCGUGGAUUCGCCACCACGGACGAGGUGCUGGACCUGCUGUUCACCGAAUAUGGGUACAUCGUAGCUGCAUGUGGUGACGACGACACGGUCCAGCGUUGGAAACUGGCCAUCUCCUGCAUGCUGGAAAUAUGGCUGGAUUAUUAUGGGGACGACUUUUGUCAGCUCCCCGAAUUUCCCUCCCUUAUGAAAAUUCUGCAAUUCGUAAGACAGCACAUGCCAGGUUCAGACGUGGAACUCCGUGCCCGGCGUAACCUCCAGCAAUUCAGACGCCUCCAUACAGUGGAGCCAGAGGCUGGGGCUUCAGCCCAAGGAAAACACCCUGAAGCAGCUCAGGAGCAAGUCCCAGCUCUGACCGUGGGGACUGCUGCCCCGUCGGGGCCUGCGGGGAUCCAGGCCGUCCCGGCUGCUGGGGCUGAGGGCUCGGCCCGCGCUGAAGCGCCCGCUGGGGAGGUGAAGCCCCUGCAGAUAGUGGUCACUGCUCUAGUUCACUGCUCCGCCCUGGAGGAGCCCCCUGCACCCGCGGCCACCCCAGAGGAGGAGCAGGCCCCGGCACCUGCAAUCGGGGUCCCCAGAGUGCCAGAGCCGCCACCUGCAUCUGGAACAACUGGCUUCGACCCCUGAGCUCGCCCCAGCUCCCAACGCAGGGCUCGUGGUGGCUGCAGCCCAACGGAGGCUUGCCCUCCCCUGGCAUUUCACUGUUUCUAUAUUUUCCAUUUUUCUUUAACCUUUAACCUGUAUAAUGGCUUAUGAGUUUUAUUGUAAUAAAGGAUAAGUUAACU